CAAGAAUCUCUCUAUUCAUUUCCUCUCUCUCUCUCUAAUCUCUCACCUCUUGUUUUCCCUCUGCAAAGAGAAUCCUCCUCAAGAAAAUGUCGAAGAAAGCAACCUUUCUGCCGUUGAAUCUUUCACUUGCUCCUUUCCUUCUUGUUCUUCUUUACCACCUUCUAUGGUCAGUUUCUGUUAAUGGCAUCGAAGAGAAGAAGAUUCUUAGUCUCCACAACAACAUUUGGCGUCCCACUAAAUCAAUUGAAGCUCCAAGUUCAUGUUUCUCUCACAAUCUUGGAAAAGGAAGAGAAUCAUCCACUACACUGGAGAUGAAACAUAGAAUGAUUUGCUCAGGUAAGACUAUAAAUUGGGGUAAGAAGCUGAGAAGGGCCUUAACUCUUGACAACCUAAGAGUCCAAUCCCUUCAACUAAGAAUCAAAGCCAUGAGCUCAAGCACCACAGAAUCCAUUUCAGAAGCUCAGAUUCCACUAACCUCAGGGAUAAAACUUGAGACUCUAAAUUACAUUGUCACAGUUAAUCUAGGAGGGAAAAACAUGAGUUUGAUCGUUGACACUGGAAGUGACUUGACAUGGGUCCAAUGCCAACCUUGCAAGUCAUGUUACAACCAACAAGGUCCUUUGUAUGACCCAUCAGUCUCAUCUUCUUACAGGACAGUUUUCUGCAACUCUUCCACUUGUCAGGAUCUUGUAGCAGCUACAGGCAAUUCAGGUCUCUGUGGAGGCAACAGUGGUGUUGAUAAAACAACUUGUGACUACGUUGUCAGCUAUGGGGAUGGAUCAUACACUCGUGGAGACUUGGGAAGUGAAAGUCUCCAACUCGGCGACACGAAGGUUGAAAACUUUGUCUUUGGUUGUGGUCGGAACAACAAAGGUUUGUUUGGAGGAACUUCUGGUCUAAUGGGUUUAGGAAGAAGCUCAGUUUCUUUAGUCUCCCAAACUAUGAAAAGUUUCAACGGUGUUUUCUCAUACUGUUUACCUUCUUUUGAAGAUGGAGCUUCAGGCUCACUAUCUUUCGGUGAUGACUCCUCUGUUUACAAGAACUCAACUUCAGUUUCCUACACUCCUUUAGUACAAAACCCUCAGCUUAGUUCCUUUUACAUUCUUAACCUCACCGGUGCUAGCAUUGGUGGUGUGGAUCUUGAAUCUCCAAGCUUUGGUAGAGGGAUUCUAAUUGACUCAGGAACGGUUAUCACUAGGUUGCCACCUUCUAUUUACAAAGCUGUGAAGACAGAGUUUCUAAAACAGUUUACUGGGUUUCCUUCAGCUCCAAGUUAUUCAAUCUUAGACACUUGCUUUAACCUCACAAGCUAUGAAGAUGUAAGCAUACCAACUAUCAAAAUGAUCUUCCAAGGUAACGCUGUGCUUGAAGUGGAUGUCACUGGUGUGUUCUAUUUUGUCAAGCCAGAUGCAUCUCUAGUCUGCUUGGCCUUGGCAAGUUUGUCAUAUGAAAAUGAAGUUGGUAUCAUUGGAAACUACCAACAGAAAAACCAGAGAGUUAUAUAUGAUACCAAACAAGAGAAGCUUGGAAUAGCUGGAGAAAACUGCAGUUUCUGAUGACUACUUCCCAAUGACUUGUAUAAUAAGCUUUGUGUGUUCACCCUCAUAUCAUGAAAGCCAAUCAUCUCUUUUGGCAAAGUCUUUGAAAAAAACAAUUAUAAAUAUAUUUUAAAAAAAUUAAGGAAAGAUCAUCCUA